UUGCGCACUUUACCAUAUAUUACGGUACAACUACGCAAUGGACAUGCUGUUGAUAUGAAUGUGCAAGCUACUUGCUAAGAUAGUUAGUUACUUUCAAAAUCAUAAAGAUAUUAAUAGUUUAUCGAGAUAGCAAGUUAGUUAUAUCAUAACGUUUGUACGGAUCAUCUGGAGUUUGAUUAGACAGCUAGUAGAAGCUUCGCUAACAAGUCGAACAGCCGGCUAGCAAUAACGCCUUAGCUACCAUCGGCUAGCUAAAAGUCAGAGCUUCACCAUGUUUCACAUUAGCUCACAGAAAAAGUACUGGACAUUCGACAAUGAAGAAAGUCUGGAACAACUGAGAUAUGAAGCCAACCAGAAAUAUCGCAACAAAAUGCUUGCCAGUGGGAAGCCUGGGGUUAGUGACGCCGUGUUCCUGGAGGCUCAUGAGGAGAAUGUCCUUUUCAGACACUAUGAGAAGAGACUCCUUGACUUCUGUAAUGUUUUCAAGCCUGUGAUGCCCAAGUCUGUUGUGGGUACAGCUAUCAUGUAUUUCCGGAGAUUUUACCUGAACAACUCACUGAUGGAAUACCACCCCAGAACAAUCAUGCUGAUCUGUGCCUACCUGUCCUGUAAGGUGGAUGAGUUUAAUGUGUCCAGCACCCAGUUUGUGGGGAAUCUUGUGCAGGAGAGUGCGGCCGGGCAGGAGAGGGCUCUUGAACAGAUUUUGGAGUAUGAGCUCCUCCUCAUUCAGCAGCUCAACUUCCACCUGGUGGUGCACACCCCCUACAGACCUAUGGAGGGCCUGCUCAUAGACAUCAAGACAAGGUACCCUCUUCUGGAGAACCCAGAGUCUCUGAGGAAGAGUGUUGAUGACUUCCUGACGCGGGUCACCCUGACAGACAGUGGGCUGCUGUUUCCCCCAUCUCAGAUAGCCAUGACAGCCAUCCUGAACAGUGCGUCGCGGGCCGGCCUCAGCAUGGAGAGCUAUCUGACCGAAUGUAUGGGACUGAAGGAGGACAAAGAAACUCUCUUAAAGAUGUACGACGCGAUGAGACGGAUAAAAAGUCUCAUGAAAAAGUAUGAACUUCCAAAACCAGACGAGGUGAACGCUUACAAAGUGAAACUGGAGAGGGUCCAUGCUGACUUUGGCACAAACUCCAACAUGAAAAGAAAACGAGGCUAUGAGGAUGACGAUCAUGUAGCGAAAGAGCCCCGCAUGACAGAAGAAGAGGAGUGGACGGAUGAAGAUUUGGAUGACUUAUGAAAACAAUUAGUGCUUUAUUCAAUCUGGAUCCCUGAAUUUCUGAUUCAGCUGACAUAUGCAGCGUUUACUCUCUGCUAACAUUGCCUUUAAAUCACUAACGCUGAACUUCUGCCAUAUGGAUUGAAUAGAUCACCCAACCAUUUUGCCACUGAAGGAUCAGCAAUAUUGUCUCAUGACCUCACAGGUGGUUUACCCAGUGUGGGGGGGGAAAAAAAUCCACCAUUAGUGUUUUUCUUUGUUCUUAUCAGGCCAUACAUUAUGGUCUUGUAAUAUAAUAAACCUAUUUUUGUACUUGUUUUAUGGUGUCAACCAUUAAAUACCAAAUGUGUUUCUCUUGUGAUAA